GAACAGAAAACUAGGGAAAGAAGAGGACUGGAGGAGGAAAUGGGACACAGAUGAGGAGAACAAAGACCCUCAGAGGAGCCCAGAGAACGGGCAGAAACUUCUCCGUCAAUGAAUGGAAGGACACAGCCAGAUAGACACUCAUCUAUGACAUGGCCUGUCUUCUCUACAGAGGGACUGCAUGACAAGGGACCGACAAUGAGGGACAUCCCAUGAAGAGGACCGACAGAGGACAGGAGGUGACAAACUUCCCCGAUAACGUGACAACCGUCCUCCGACACCCCACCACACCAUCCAGACACGAGAAUGAGGUUGGGUCAAGUUUGCCGGAUACAAGUGAUGGGGUUUGGCCUUGUCGUGCUGAUGGCCAUUGGACUAACCAUACAGCUUCUGGGGAUCCAUUUCCCGAAAAGGACCUCUCAGAGCUCCACCCUACGUGUCUUAUCUUCUCUGCCUCCAUCUCUUCCACGAACUUGUCAGCCCAAGAGGCACAUUGUGUUCCUGAAGACUCACAAGACGGCUGGAAGCACCAUACUGAACCUCCUGCACCGAUAUGGGGACAAGAAUGGCUUAUUCUUUGCUUUGCCAAUCAAGUAUCAGUUCAACUAUCCAAAUCUCUUCCACUCUCGCCGGGUGAAAGGCAUCAACUCUCCAAACAGGCCUCCGUACGACAUCCUCUGUCACCAUAUGCGCUUCAACCUCCCAGAGGUUCGGAAGGUUAUGCCUGUAGACUCCUUCUAUUUCACGAUCCUCCGAGAUCCAGCAACCAUGGCCGAGUCUUCUUUUUCCUACUAUCGUUCUGUAUCUUCAGCCUUCAAGAAGGCACCUCAUUUCAAAGCUUUUAUUUCCCAUCCAUCACAUUACUAUCGAGAAGGAGAGCGAUCCAACCACUAUGCUCGCAACCUCUUAUGGUUUGACUUGGGGUUUAAUCCUAAUGCUCCUUUUACAGUGCCUCUGGCAAAAGCUGGAGCACGGGCCGUGGAGGGAAUAUUCAACUUGGUUCUACUGGCAGAACAUUUUGAUGAAUCAAUGGUUCUUCUGAAAGAGGAGCUGUGUUGGGAUCUGGAUGAUGUGGUCACCUUUAAACUCAACAUUCGUGGAUCUUCCAGACCACUGGAGCCAGAGGAAGUAAAACAGCUUCGGACAUGGAAUGCACUAGACUGGUACCUCUAUGAGUAUUUUAACCGAACCUUCUGGGACAAGGUGGAGCGGUUUGGCAAACAAAAGAUGGAUAAUGAGGUUAUGAGAUUGAGAGAAAGGAGGCAACAGUUAGCUGAACUCUGUCUUGAGGAUUUGAAGCCAGUAAGGGCAGAGGACAUUAAGGAAGAUGCCAUUAAGCCGUUUCAAUUUGGACAGGAGAAAAUCCUAGGCUGGGCCGUAAGGAAAGACCUUGAGUCUUACAUUCGUAGUCGUUGUGUUCAAAUGGUUACUCCUGAGCUGCAAUAUAAAGACUUAUUGGAUGCACACCAGUUUCCAGCAGGCUCACAAAAUGGGACUCAAACAAUAGUGACACCUGCAAGGGUAGCAGUUCGGUGAGAAAACAACACCUGGAUAGGAAAGAAGAUCUGGUUGCUGCAAAGUGGAUAUGAUGUCAAAAGACAAUAUUUCUGCAUCAUUGACAAAAGACUAGGUCUGAUUUUAUUAGGCAAAGGUUUGUCACUUUGAUUAGGAAAUGGUUUGUUGAGUACUAACUAUGCACAUGAGCCUCUUUACUGAAUUUGUUCAGUGAUCACUGUAGGUGCAGCCUUCUCAACUUGACAAUCACAACUGUGCCUUCGUUAAAAAAAAUGUAUUAGAAGGCCCUAAAAACAUUGACAUAAAUAAGAAUACAUGCUACAGAUAACACACUACUAGUCAAAAUAACCUGGAACUGGCAAGCUUCAGUGCACCACUAAUGUCA